ACCACGAGUGCGCGCAACAGAGGGCUGUGCACUCGCGCGUUCAAGUAUUUGUACCCACAUGCUCGCUGAGCUCAGUCAGCGUUUGACUCAGUAGAGGCAGAAGGGAUCCAGGAUUUCCACUUGUCAGUUAACUCCACGAUACCGAAAUCAAGUGCAUCCCUUCAGCCAACAUGUCAAAGUUGGAUCAGAUCCUUAUCCUCGACCCUCCGUCUGACCUCAGAUUUAAAGGCCCUUUUACAGAUGUAGUCACCACCAACCUCAAACUGAGGAACCCUUCUGACAGAAGAGUGUGUUUCAAAGUGAAAACGACAGCGCCGCGUAGGUACUGCGUACGGCCAAACAGCGGCGUCAUCGAUCCUGGAUCAAGUGUCAACAUCUCUGUCAUGCUACAGCCCUUUGAGUAUGACCCCAAUGAGAAAAGUAAACACAAAUUCAUGGUGCAGACGAUUUUCGCCCCGCCAAACGUCACCGACAUGGAAUCAUUGUGGAAAGAUGCAAAGCCAGAUGAUCUCAUGGACUCCAAGCUGAGAUGUGUCUUUGAGCUGCCUUCUGAAAAUGAUAAAGUGAAUGACGUGGAGGCGACCCGAGCCGCCCCCGUGAUGAACUCCGUGAAGGCGGAGUCGUCGGCAGCCGCGGUGCCUGUCGCUGCCGGAGCGGACGACGCGGAGAUGAAGAAAGUGCUGGAGAAGUGCAAGAGACUGCAAGCUGAGAUGAACAAGCUGAGUGAGGAGAACCGGCAAUUAAAGGAGGAAGGUUUGAGAAUGAGAAAGAUGCCCCGCUCAGACCACAUGACACCAAACUCGACCAGCCUGCUCGGCCGGGAAGCCAGCGCCGCCUCCCUACCAUCCCUCCUCGUUGUCAUAGCAGCCAUCUUCAUCGGAUUUUUCAUAGGGAAGUUCAUCUUGUAGACUGGGAGAAGCAUGCCAGCCGUAUCCCAUGCCUGGGCUCUGGAAUUAAAAAAAAAAAAAAAAAAAAAAAAGGCCUGGAAAAACCGAGAAGUCUUUCUGUUGACUUUUGCCAUAUCAUUGGUAGUGUGGCCUACAGUGAACACAUCUGUACAGUAUCAUUUGAAGGCACCGCCUUUUUACAAUCUCACACAGUUAGUAUGCACAGAGUUGAGUGAGGAAAGGCGACAAAAGUGAUUGCUCCCUUUUUUCUUUUCUUCCCCCACCCCCCCCCCCUUCUUCUUCUUUGUUUUGUUUUUUUUUUUUUUUUUCUUUUCCUGUAUAAACCAGAUAUCCAAUGUGGUGGGACAAUGAAAGUUGUAUACUAUCAGUCAACAUGGAAGAUGCACCUAGAGUUAACCAUGGGCAAGAAGCACUCAAAAGACUAGAGCUCUCUCUCUCUCUCUCGCUCCCUCUCUCUCUCGCUCCCUCUCUCUCUCUCGUGCUCCCUCGCUCUCCCUCUCUCGCUCUCUCUCAAUACUACUUCUGUUUUUAAUAGGAAUUGAAUGGAAUGUUAGGUGUCUUGUAAAUGUCGUUUUAAAUCCUUUUAAACAAAAAAGGACAGAACUUCCAUCAUAAAGACGUUGCUACCUGUUGCUGGAUUGCCUCUGAAGUAAAAUCUGUUCGGUUUGUAAUUUCUUCUACUUGUGUUGGAAUGUUCAGGCCCAGCUGGGGAUAUAGGUGCCUCCUUCUUGUACAUUUGUCUUUAUCUCUCAAUACAAAUACAGACUUAUUAUUAUUAUUGUUAUUAUUAUUAUUAUUAUAUUAUUAUUAUUAUUAUUAUGAUUGCUACUACUACUAUACAAAUCGUAUAUCCUUCUGAGGCAGUUAUUGACUGAAAUAAGGUUUCCAUUCUUAAAGUCCUGUCAAAGGUAUUCAACAUUGAAAAAUAAAAAUGAAAAAUGUGGUUUUCA